AGCUUUCAGCCUUAUCCAAAACUGCUGACUGGCCACCUCCGGAGACGUUGCAUUCUAUAAAUGCCUUGAGAUGAUCAGUUACAAUUACAAACAACACAAAUCUGAUCCAGUUAUUGUUGAAGGAGGAGAGAAGCAAGGAUGUCUGAUAUUGCAAUGUUGGUGGCAGAAGAGUACGAGAGGAGGGUCAGCAUUCUGAGGAAGGCUGGCGUUGAUGGCGUUGGCGUAUCACAGGAGAGGAUUGAUGAAGGAGCUUCGGUUUUGGCUCAGAGGCUGAUGAAGCACAAGAGAGAGGUCCUCCAGUGGGCCUGGGAGCCCAAAUCCCAAGUGGGCGUCGCCGCUUCUGCCAGCUUCUUCUCUGCUUGAUCCUCAUGCUUCUUCCUCUUUUACUUCUCCAUUUGUACAUCCUUUGUUCUAUUCCAAUAUGUUAAAGCAACUUGUGUUCUCCGCUUAUCUCAGCACCUUCCCUCUAUUUAUUUGCCUUCCGUUUCUUCAUAUUCACAUUCACAUUCACAGUCACAAUAGUAGUAAUUAGAACUGAGUUUUUCUACGAAUCAUCGAUCAUUCCAUAAAAUUCAACAGCCCCCAGCGCCAACAUUUCCUCGUCGGCGGAUCUUCGGUGUCGCCGGCUGUUUGAUGCCCGCGGGGUCGUCUUCCCUCCAAGUUAACGGUUCUUCCUUCUCACCCAGCGCAGCCUUUUUAAGUUCUUUAGCGUAUCAGAAGUCUGCAAUUUCAUUUUUGGUCCCCCCAGCGCUUUGGAAUUAAAAAUGGAAACAAUGGAAAGUUUGGAUCAGUGAAAGAGUACUGAAGUAAGGAUGAGAUUCAAUAAAUUUGUGGAGAAUGGAAUGAACGAAUUGAAUUUUAGAAAUGCCUCUGGCUUUGGGCUUCUCAUUUUUGGAGAGGGGAAGGAAGAGAUGGAGCAGAGAACAGGAC